AUGCCGCCACGUGGAAGAGGAGGAAAUUUCAGAGGUCGAGGCGGUCGUGGUAGGGGAAGAGGUGGCCGAGGAGGCAAAGCGACAAGCCGAUUUGGACCUAAUCGACGAUUUGACGGCGCUCGACUUGCAGACAACGCUGGAUCAGAAAGCUCUGGUUCAGAAUCAGAAUCUGCGCCCGAAGACGCAGUGAUGGAGGACAUCGAGUCCGAGUCCGAGGACGACGACGAACAGACAGCAUCUUCAAAGCCAUAUAUGACUCUAUUACAAAGUUUCAAUGAAGAAAAAAGCACCCCCAGUUCCAAGCGACGAAAGCUGGAUCACAAGGAACCGACUCAAUCUCAAUCUGAUGAAGAUUCCUCUUCCGACGAGGAAGGCCAAGAAGGCCAAGACAACGAAGAAAAGGACAUUGACCGUGCUGAAGAUGAACCUGAGGACCAAGUUGAGGAGCAAGUCGACGACGAUGACGAUUCAGAGGAUGAGGAAAACCCAACUGAUCCUUUUGAUGUGCACUUCGCGCACCCCGACGACGACAUUAUCGCAAAGAGAGUCAAGUCAGUACAAGAGGGAAAUUGGGCAACAAAGCGAGCGAUACUACAAACCUUGAGGGCGACUGCCACGUAUCCAGCUUCUGAUGCAGGAUCUGAAGUACCGAAACCUAUUGCUGGGCUCGAUGGAUUGCAGCUCAAGCAGAAGCUCAAGGAGAUUUCUUCUCGCAAAAUCGGUGAGCUCAGCGCUGUUCAGCGCAAUAUGAGCCCGCUUCUUUUUAACUAUAACGAUGUCUUAUUUUGUGAUCGUACAGUAAAGAACUCGGACUCGUUGCGAGAAUUGACGUGCCUUCAUGCGCUCAACCACGUCUUCAAGACUCGAGACCGCGUAAUCAAGAACAACUACAAGCUGGCCAAGGAAGGCCAAGACACCGAUUUGGAACUUCGAGAUCAAGGUUUCACUCGACCAAAGGUUCUCUUCCUUCUGCCCACACGCAACUCUUGUCUUCGCAUGGUCAACAUGAUCCGUGAUUUGUGCGAGCCAGAUCAGCAGGAAAACCGAAAGCGGUUUGACGAUGGGUACGUGGAUAAGGAGGCCAGGUUUGGCGCAGACAGACCAGCCGACUUUAAGGACCUCUUUGAGGGAAGCGACGAUGACAUGUUCCGUCUUGGCAUGAAGUUUACUCGCAAGACGAUCAAGUACUUUUCGCAAUUCUACAACUCAGAUAUCCUCUUCGCCAGUCCUCUAGGCCUGCGAAUGGCCAUUGGUUCCGAGGAGGACAAGAAGCUCGAUUUUGACUUCCUAAGCUCAAUCGAGAUGGUUGUUGUAGAUCAAGCCGACGCUCUUCUCAUGCAAAAUUGGGAACAUGUUGAGUUUAUCUUUGAGCACCUGAACAUCCAGCCUAAGGACGCUCAUGGCUGUGAUUUCAGCCGUGUACGAAAUUGGUAUCUGGAAGAUUGGGCAAAGUUCUUCAGGCAAACAAUCAUUUUGUCUGCCUUUAACACUCCCGAGCUGUCCGAGCUGCUUCGGUUACAUUGUCACAACUGGGCUGGAAAGGUUCGACUGCAACCUGAGUAUCCUGGCACGUUAUCACAACUCGGGGUCAAGGCAAAACAGACUUUUUCACGGUUCCAGUCCAAGUCGGUUGACAAAGACCCUGAGGCUAGGUUCGAGUAUUUCACUUCUGCUAUCAUCCCUUCGCUUGCCAAACGAGCAAAGGAUGCCACAGGUACUCUUAUUUUCGUCCCCUCAUAUCUCGACUUUGUCCGCGUGCGCAACUACUUUGCGACAUCAAGUGCUGUGGAGAACGUCACCUUUGGUGCGAUCUCUGAGUACACGGAUGUCCCAGAGGCAUCUCGGGCGCGCUCACAUUUCCUCAGCGGUCGUCACCGAGUGCUACUCUACACAGAGCGAGCACACCACUUCCGACGAUACCAAUUCCGUGGCGUGCAGCGGGUCAUCUUCUACGGCUUACCCGACAAUCCCAUAUUUUAUACUGAGAUUGCAGGCGGAUAUUUAAGCAAGAGUGAGCAGGAUCUAAGGCUCGAGCCUGGCCAGGGAACCGCCAAGGUUGUGUUCUCCAAGUACGAUGUGAUGAAGUUGGAGCGAAUCGUGGGCUCCAAGAGAGUUGGCAAGAUGAUCCAGGAUCGCGGCGAUACCUUUGAGUUUCUUUAG